AUGGCGGUGUUCUUGAAGUCGCAGGGGGUCAGGUUCGGAAAGGUCUUCUCUUCGCCGCUGGAUCGGGCGAUGGCGACCGCUGGGUUCGUCUGCCGGGAACUCGGUUUUGCAGCAGAACAUAUAGAGUCUUUUGACGCAUUGAUGGAGAUGAGUCAAGGCCAAUGGGAGGGCUGCCUUCAUUCUGAAACCUACACCCCAGAGAUUCUCAGUAUAAUCGACAGAACCCAACCCGAUUUUUCUGCCCCCUCUGGGGAAUCACUAAGGCAAGUAGAAUUCCGAAUGAUAGAAUUUCUAAACAAAACAGUCCUCAGAAUGCCCGAGAAACUAAUAGCCCACGAGGCAUCAAUGACUCACAAUGAGUCUCAUCGGAGUUUCUCACGUCAAAGCUCAACAAACUCAGUUCAAGAAAAAGAUGGCCCUCACUGGGAUUUAGUGUACAGGCUCAAUAGGCCAGGACUGCAAAGGAAAAAGUCAGGAAAGAGCAGGCUACAGAUUGUUACAACUGGUGAUAACGAGACUGAAGAUGAGUUUUCCCCAAGCGAACCGAGCAACGGCGCGAGGAACUUAACCUCUUCUGUAGGGAUCUUUACUCACUCUAUGCCGAUCAAAUGUCUUCUUGCUGGGAUUUUGGGUGCAAGCCCAGUGGUCUCUCAGAGGUUUUGUAUUGAUGAUUCUUCAGUGACAGUUUUGCAGCAUUCGUUAAGAAACGGUUGGCAGAUAAAGAGGCUAAAUGAUACUUCACAUCUUCGGCUUCUUUGAGUGUGAAACAGAAGAAAAAAGCCCGUUACAAGUGAUUGGGGGCUUGUUCUUCUGAUGUUUAGGUGUGCUCUGCUAUUUAAUUUUGGAGGAUAUCAGAAAUUUAUGUUGUGGUACGCCAGCUCCCAAAAGUGAAGGAGCUGGAGAGUUGGUUUUUAAUUUUUUGUAACUUUUGUAUCUGUUAUAUUACCCAAUUUUUUUGGCAAAAGAAGAGAACAUAAGUUAUUAUAAAUGUCAAACUUUGGUAUGUAUUAACCUCUCUUGCUUUGUUAUAACCUUUAUGCUCUCA